GUCAGGCUAUUCUCUCUUCUUUUCGUUAUUACCACCACCAAAGCAGAUGCAAGAGUUCAAGUUUCAGGGAUCCUCCUCUAGGAAAUAAGUCUGCCAUCAUCCGUCAUCUCCAGCUGUGUCAGAAUCUGUCACUUUAAUGGAUUGGUAUCUGUAGAAAUUCUGGGUGCUAAAAUACUUAGCCAGACUGACGUUAGCCCUUGUCACCAUGAAGAUAUUACUUUGUGCCAAAUAUUUUCAGUGCCCAGUAAUUCCUGGCUCUAUGAGAGCAUUGCAUAAAAAUUACAGAACAGUGACCCCUCAGAAUUUCUCCAACUAUGAAUCCAUGAAACAGGACUUUAAACUAGAGAUCCCAGAGUAUUUCAACUUUGCCAAAGAUGUCCUGGACCAAUGGACCAAUAUGGAAAAGGCUGGGAAGAAACCUUCCAAUCCAGCCUUCUGGUGGAUAAAUGGAAACGGAGAAGAAGUGAGAUGGAGUUUUGAGGAACUAGGAUCUUUAUCAAGGAAAUUUGCAAAUAUACUUACAGAAGCCUGUGGCCUGCAAAGGGGAGAUCGAGUAAUUUUGCUUUUGCCCAGGAUCCCUGAAUGGUGGCUUGCAAAUAUAGCCUGUCUGCGCACAGGGACAGUUCUAAUUCCAGGAACCACUCAGAUGACCCAAAAAGACAUCCUCUACCGACUACAAUCUUCAAAGGCAAAGUGCAUUAUUACCAAUGAAGUUUUAGCUCCAGCAGUUGAUGCUGUUGCAUCUAAAUGUGAAAAUCUGCACUCCAAACUAAUUGUGUCUCAGAGCCCCAGAGAGGGUUGGGAGAACCUAAAGGAGAUGAUGAAACAUGCCAGUGACAACCACACCUGUGUGAAGACAAAACACAAUGAGAUGAUGGCCAUUUUCUUUACCAGUGGAACAAGUGGAUAUCCUAAAAUGACUGGCCACACCCACAGCAGUUUUGGUUUAGGAUUAUCUAUAAAUGGAAGGUUCUGGCUGGAUUUGACCCCUUUGGAUGUCAUGUGGAAUACCUCUGACACAGGCUGGGCAAAAUCUGCAUGGAGUAGUGUUUUUUCUCCAUGGAUCCAGGGAGCAUGUGUAUUUGCACAUUAUUUGCCGCAGUUUGAGCCAACUUCCAUCUUCCAAACACUUUCCAAGUUUCCCAUCACAGUCUUCUGUUCAGCACCAACUGCAUAUAGAAUGCUUGUACAGAAUGAUAAGGCCAGCUAUAAGUUCAAGAGCUUGAAGCACUGUGUAAGUGCUGGGGAACCAAUCAACCCUGAAGUGACUGAACAAUGGAGAAACAGGACAGGUCUGGAUAUCUACGAAGGAUAUGGACAGACUGAAACGGUACUAAUCUGUGGAAAUUUUAAGGGAAUGAAAAUUAAGCCUGGCUCAAUGGGAAAACCUUCUCCUGCUUUUGAUGUUAAGAUUUUAGAUGUAAAUGGCAACGUUCUACCACCUGGAAAAGAAGGAGAUAUUGGCAUUCGAGUUCGACCUAACCGACCACUUGGCCUUUUUACCCAUUAUAUAGAUAAUCCUACAAAAACUGCUUCAACUCUACGAGGCAAUUUCUAUAUCACUGGGGACAGAGGCUAUAUGGAUGAGGAUGGAUAUUUCUGGUUUGUUUCAAGAGCAGAUGAUAUCAUAUUAUCUUCCGGUUACCGAAUUGGUCCGUUUGAGGUAGAAAGUGCCCUGAUCGAACAUCCUGCAGUUGCAGAGUCAGCUGUUGUCAGCAGUCCAGAUCCCAUCAGAGGAGAGGUAGUAAAGGCUUUUAUUGUUCUGAAUCCUGAUUACAAGUCACAUGAUCAAGAACAACUGAAAAAGGAGAUUCAGGAGCAUGUAAAAAGAAAUACAGCACCUUACAAAUAUCCCAGAAAGGUAGAAUUUAUUCAGGAGCUGCCAAAGACUAUUAGUGGGAAGAUAAAAAGAAACGAACUGAGGAAGAAAGAAUGGGAAACAAUUUAAGUCUAUUCCAUUAAUUAUGAUGGUCUCUAAAAAAUAAGACUCUGUAAAAUCAAAGAUUAUGAAACGGUGGUAAAAAAUGUGAUAGUAUGCUUAUGAACUAAUUGAUUUAAAAUAUCCUGUGGUUAUAACCUCACAGGCUGGAUUCUGAAAUAAAACAUUCAAUAAA